CUCUCUUCGCUAUCUCUCUCCUGUUCACAUUCCCUUGCCAGAGCAUCGUUGUAUUUCUGACUGAGAUACAUUGUAUGUACCACGGAAUUCACGCUCACUACUUAGGCCUCGAGAGGACCUGGCUGAGCAUGCGCACUGUUCGCUCCCAACAAUAGCGGAAUAGCCCGUGACACAUUAACUGGGGAAACUUCUCCUUCACCAUGUCUCAGCCAAAAAACACCAACACUCUGGAGAGGGUCACUAGCCUCACCAGACAUGCAAGUCGAGUUUUUCACAAUUCUCUACCCAGCGCUUCUCCAAUAGCGCAAGCAUCCCUCGCGCGAGAUAUCGAGGAAGACACCGAAUCGGAAGCAGCCGAAUCAGAGUCGGACUCUGAAGGUUCAGCUUUGCGACCUUCGACGUCUGCUCCAGGAGGCUACUCCUUCGUCGGCUCAUAUCGGCGACCUAGUUUUGUUGGAGCAGGAAAUCGAGCCACCGUCCUCCCUCGGCCGUUUCCAGAGCAUGAAAGACUCUCUAGGGAAGAGAGGGCGCGUGCAUUGGAAGAAGAAAGAAGUCUGUUGCGAGACAAUAAUAUAAUUCCACCGAAACAUCCACAAGCAGAUGAUGGCAGGAGAAAGAGCAUAUUCAGGAUUCCUGGCGGGGAUCGCAAGAUCUCGACGGAUGCAAACGCCGUGCCUGCCUUGGACGGAGCUGCUGGUCUUGCGUCUGAAGCUACGCCUUUGCUAGGAGAUCCAAGCCUCCCCUACGGCGGUCAAGGUGAUGCGGACAAUAUCGAAGCAAAAUGGGAGGAAGCCGUGGCCGCAGGCAUGAUACAUACUACCUGGCAGCGAGAAGCCAAAGUCAUCGGCCGCUAUUCGGCUCCCCUGAUGGCGACCUUCUUAUUGCAGUACUCCUUGACCGUUGCAAGUAUCUUCACCGUCGGACAUAUAGGAACAGUCGAACUUGGAGCUGUCAGCUUAGCCUCUAUGUCCGCCAAUAUCACGGGUUAUGCCAUCUAUCAAGGACUGGCCACCUCUCUGGAUACUCUGUGCGCACAGGCGUAUGGUUCUGGCCGAAAGAAGCUUGUCGGCCUACAGAUGCAGCGCAUGGUUUUCUUCCUCUGGACCAUCACUCUCCCGAUAGCCAUUGUUUGGCUUCUCGCCGAGAAGAUUUUGCUGGCCAUCGUACCGGAGCCUGAUGUUGCGAGGCUGGCCGGGUUAUACCUCAAGAUUGUGCUGGCCGGAGCGCCAGGUUACGCGGCCUUCGAGGCAGGCAAGCGUUAUGUACAAGCACAAGGCUUGUUCUCCGCCUCUCUUUACGUUCUCUUGUUCUGCGCACCUUUCAACGCUUUCAUGAACUGGCUUUUCGUAUGGCAACUCGAUAUGGGCUUUGCUGGUGCACCAGUCGCAGUUGCGAUUACCGACAACCUUCUCCCGCUUGGCUUAUUCAUCUACGUGCGUUUCUUCUCCAAGUCUGGCAUGUCAUGCUGGAAUGGCUUUACCAAAAAGGCACUGCAGAACUGGGGUCCCAUGGUCAAACUGGCUUUGCCUGGUGUUAUUAUGAUAGAGGCCGAGGUGCUCGCCUUUGAGAUCCUGACUUUUGCGGCCUCAUAUUUUGGCACAACUGUGCUGGCCGCACAAUCCGUCUUGGCCACGCUCACAUCAAUUACGUUCCAGAUUCCAUUCCCGUUGUCCAUAGCAGGUUCAACACGGGUUGCGAAUUUGAUCGGUGCCACACUCGCCGACGCUGCCAAGGUCAGCACCAAAGUCACUUUCUCUGCUGCGGUGGUGGUUGGAGUGUUCAACGUGACGCUGUUGUCGGCGCUGAAGGACUAUAUUCCUCGGUUGUUCACAUCAGACCCGGAGGUCAUCCGCAUCGUGGCGGAAAUCCUACCACUUUGUGCUGCAUUCCAGUUGUUUGACGCUCUAGCGGCUGCUUGCAAUGGUAUUCUGCGCGGUCUUGGCCGUCAAGAGUUUGGUGGCUACGUUCAGAUCUUUUGCUAUUACGUCUUUGCUCUACCUCUUAGUUUUGGUUUGGCUUUUGGCAAGCAUUGGGAUCUAUGGGGAUUGUGGACUGGUGUUGCUCUCGCACUGGGAUUGGUGGCACUGAUCGAGUUCAUCUAUCUCGGCCGGACAGACUGGCAACGAAGUGUGGAGGAAGCGAGAGCACGGAAUCAAGAAGGUGGUGUGGUGUGAAUUUGCCGCAGUAAAUAGCUACACCCAUGGAUAUAUCAAGCAAUUUAGUCGUGUUUCCGCUGUAGUAUUGCAUGGAUGCUGUCUGUUGCCUCUAUC